AUGGGUAUCUUUUCAGACCUCGUGCACUUCAUUGACACCAAGACGGAUGUCUGGGUCGUGUCAUGGCUUACUCUGAGCAUCCUCGUCACCUACGCUGGAGGGCUAGUGAUUUAUCGUCUUUUCAUGAGCCCUCUCGCACAGUUUCCUGGGCCAAAACUUGCUGCGUUGACAUAUUGGACAGAAGCAUACUACGAGCUUCUGUAUGGUGAAGGGGGCCAAUUUGUAUUCAAGUACCGCGAAUGGCAUGAAAAAUAUGGCCCUAUCAUCCGAAUCAAUCCACGGGAGCUGCAUAUCCAAGAUGCCCCCUUCUUCGAAACGUUCUACGGAUCGUCGAGGCCUGCCAGUAAGCUGAAAGAUCUGGAGCAUCGCUUCAACAAUCCCAGCUCUGCCUUUGCUACCUCGGAUCAUUCUUUACAUCGCAUUCGUCGCGGCGCUUUGAACCCGUUCUUCUCCAAGCGCAAGAUAUCUGACAGGAUUCCGGUGAUCAGAGGUCAUAUGGAUGAGCUCUGUUCUCGACUGAAACGUGAGUUCCAGGGCACAGGUCGUGUUUUAGUUAUCAACGAGAUGUGGGGCUGUUGGACCACUGAUAUCAUCAUUGAAUAUUGUUUUGAAAGACGGUAUAACUUCAUCAGAGACCCUGAUUUCAAGGCUGGGCUUGUGGUGUCGUUAAUUGAUUUGCUUGAGGGCGUGCAUUGGAUCACUCAGUUUCCGUGGAUGGUCAAGACAAUGCAGUUACUACCUGACUCGCUGGUGGGAUGGUUGGACCCACGCAUGAAAAAUGUUAUCAACUUCAACAAAGAAAUGCUCACCCAAGUGGAAGAGGCCUUGGAUAAUGCACAUGACAAAGACGUAAAGGGCCAUCGUCCGGACACUAUCUUCACGUCGAUUAUUCAGUCUGAUGUUCCUCGCUCGGAAGUGACGCCCCUUCGCCUGCAACACGAAGCAAUCAGUGUUGUGGGAGCAGGUAUUGAGACUACCAUGCGAGCACUGACCAUUUCGGUAUUUCACAUCGUCAACAACCCAUCCAUACAUCAGCGCCUGAGGGAAGAAUUGACUGUUGGUAUUCCUGAUCCUGACAUUCUACCUCCAUGGGAGGCCCUGGAACAGUUGCCAUUCCUUUCAGCUUGUAUAAACGAAUCCCUGCGCUUAGCCUAUGGAACAUCUCAACGAAUUCCUCGCAUCGCUGAUAAUGACACAAUCCCAUACAGAGACUAUGUCAUUCCCCCUGGCGCCGUUGUCAGUAUGGACAUAUAUGGUGUGUCCCACGAUGAGUCUGUAUUCCCAGACAGUCACAGUUACAACCCAUGCCGCUGGCUAGGUAGCCCCCGUGCUGCAGAUGGCCGGCUUCUCUCACGGUACAUGGUCGCUUUUGGGCGUGGAGCUCGGUCCUGUGUAGGGCUUCAACUAGCCUAUGCAGAGCUCUUCAUCGGCAUUGCCACUCUUUUUCGGAGGUUUGAUUUUGAAUUAUAUGAGACUGAUCACACUGAUGUGGAGCUGGCCAGAGACCGCUUUGUGCCUCGAUCCAAAGCCUCAAGUAAAGGCAUUAGGGUUCUUGUGAAAUGA